ACUCUUUAUCCAUAUACAGAGACACAGUAGCACUCUCCGUGCCUAUAACCUCUAUCUUCUCUUAAUCUCUUCCAUCAACUCUCUUUAGCAGCCAUGUAUGGCUUAUCCACGAGCUUCAAUUACGGCGUUGCCGCACCCAAAAAUGGGUUUCUUUCCAGGCAGAAUCUCUCUCACCGGCUUAGAACACCUAAUUUUGCUCCCUGGCGGUCUCCGAAGCUUCACCAGAAUUCUGGCGUCAUUUGCAUGGCUGAACCUUAUCUGAUUGUGAAGUUGGAAUCCGCUGAGAAGACAUGGAAAGAGUUGUCAGUCAAGCUUGGUGACCCAGAUAUUGUUUCAAAUCCGAGUGAAUACCAAAAACUGGCACAGUCUGUGGCGGAGCUCAAUGAGGUGGUCUCAACCUAUAGAAGAUUUAAGGAGUGUGAAAAGCAAUUAGAAGAUGCAAAAGCAUUAGCGAAAGAGGAGGACAUAGAUGAGGAUAUGCAGCAGAUGAUUGAAAGUGAAGUUGAAACUUUAACCAACCAGCUGAAAGAGCUUGAGGAGUGUAUAAAGAUGCUGCUUCUUCCUGCUGAUCCUCUUGAUGCUCGGAAUAUAAUGCUUGAAGUUAGGGCUGGUACAGGAGGUGAUGAGGCUGGAAUUUGGGCUGGUGAUCUUGUGCGCAUGUAUGAGAAGUACAGUGAGAGGAAUUCAUGGAAGUUUACACCAAUAUCAUGUGCGGAGGCCGAAAAAGGAGGAUACAAAACGUUCGUGAUGGAGAUAAAAGGAAAACGUGUGUAUAGCAAAUUAAAAUAUGAAUCUGGCGUGCACCGGGUUCAACGUGUUCCUCUGACAGAAACCCAGGGUCGUGUGCACACAUCUACAGCUACUGUAGCCAUCAUGCCUGAGGUUGAUGAAGUUGAGGUGGUUAUUGAUCCCAAAGAAAUAGAACUUACGACAGCAAGAUCCGGAGGUGCUGGAGGUCAGAAUGUAAACAAGGUUGAAACAGCUGUGGAUCUUUUCCACAAACCUACUGGAAUCCGUAUUUUCUGUACAGAAGAAAGGACACAACUUCGAAAUAGAAGUCGUGCAUUGCAAUUAUUGCGAGCAAAAUUAUAUGAAAUGAAGGUGCGUGAGCAGCAACAGCAGAUAAGGAAUGAACGUAAGAUGCAGGUUGGGACAGGUGCUCGUGCUGAAAAAAUCCGAACAUAUAAUUACAAGGACAAUAGGGUGACGGACCACCGAUUAAAAAUGAACUUUGAUCUCACUUCUUUUCUAGCGGGCGAUAUAGAGACUGCUGUCCAGUCUUGCGCAACUAUGGAACAAAAGGAGUUAUUGGAAGAACUUGCUGCAUCGGUAAGUACAACAGCCAGCUAAACUAGUUGACUGAGUGCUCUUGGUGAAUCAACAUGGUUGCAGAUGUGAUGUAUGCUUUAUGAAAGAUUGAAAUAUGUUGUAAAAUGAGAGAUUUCUUUUAAUUAGAACAACUCUAGUAAUUCUUUCUUUGAAAACGAUUUUCUUUUAUACUGAUAUUGCUCUAUUGAAAAGUUCAGUUCGCCAA